CCUGUGAGGACCCGUACCGUUGGCACGCUCGCUGCAGCGAGGAUUUUGUCUCUCAUUGGCUGAAGCUGUUACUGGAUCUGAAACGUCAUUGACUCUGUGCGCCGCAACUUCCUGACCCAAAGGGGGAUACUAGGUGAAUAAAUAUGCUGGUCCUGGUGCUCGGAGAUCUCCACAUCCCCCACCGCUGUAACACGCUGCCAGCCAAGUUCAAGAAGCUGCUGGUUCCGGGCAAGAUCCAGCACAUCCUCUGCACUGGGAACCUGUGCACCAAAGAGAGCUAUGACUACCUGAAGACCCUGGCAGGCGACGUGCACAUUGUCCGCGGUGACUUUGAUGAGAACCUGAACUACCCCGAACAGAAGGUGGUGACAGUAGGCCAGUUCAAGAUUGGCCUGAUCCACGGGCAUCAGGUGAUCCCUUGGGGUGACAUGGCUAGCCUGGCCUUGCUCCAGCGGCAGCUGGAUGUGGACAUCCUCAUCUCUGGUCACACGCACAAGUUCGAAGCCUUUGAGAACGAGAACAAAUUCUACAUUAACCCUGGCUCAGCCACCGGGGCCUACAGUGCACUGGAGAGCAAUAUAAUCCCAUCCUUCGUUUUAAUGGACAUCCAGGCCUCCACGGUGGUCACAUACGUAUACCAGCUCAUCGGAGACGAUGUCAAGGUGGAGAGGAUCGAAUACAAGAAGUCCUAAAAGCUGCAGUGGCGGGGAGGGGGGUGGGGGGGUCCCUUCAUUCCACGUUACUAACCUGAGAGGAUGGACUGUAACCAUCUGCUGGCUUAAUGAAAGAAAUGUAUAAUACUUUCUAUAUGUCAUCAGCAUCGCCUGCACUGUCUACCACACCGUCUGAAGAACCCGGAUAUCGUCUCCCAUGCGUUGCUCUGGCAAAGUAGGAUGUGUGUGCCACAUUUUUCGUUUCCAUGUGAAUAUCCACCAGUUUAAGGUUUAGAUCCAGGCUCUUAUUUUGUUACUGAAAAUAAAAUCACAUUAAUCAUUUAA